GAAGCGGGGCAGUGGCAGGGUUGGGUGAGGGCGGACGAAGCAGCCUGUGAUCUAGGCUGCAGCAACCACUGCUGCUCGGCACGCGGCCGCGCUCUGACCCUUCCUUUUUGGGCAGGCUCGCAGGCGCAAGCACGGUCGGCGUCCCACGGCCUCGAACUCCAGGGCCUCCCCUGGGCAGGCCGCGGAUCGCCCACCCCUGCCCCGAGUGUGUAUCCGCCGGGACCCAGCCGCCGCCUCGCGCGGGCGGCACAGGAGCGGCGGCGCCGAAGCCGCGCCCCAGGCUCGGAAGAACAACCCUGAGAGGCCGCCUCGUCCUCUGCAGCCGAGCGGCGGAUGUUCUUUUAAGGAGUUAUUGAAGACGAAGUUUUUUUGUUUUUGUUUUUUGCUUGUUUUUUAAUGGCUUUACAGAAUUUUAAAUCGAAUACAGUUUGACAUGACGGCAAAAAAUGUUGGUUUGCCUUCCACAAAUGCAGAACUAAGAGGAUUUAUAGAUCAGAAUCUCAGUCCAACAAAAGGUAACAUUUCAUUUGUUGCGUUUCCGGUUUCCAGCACCAACUCACCAACAAAGAUUUUACCAAAAACCUUAGGACCAAUAAAUGUGAAUGUUGGACCCCAAAUGAUUAUAAGCACACCACAGAGACUAACCAGUUCAGGAAGUGUUCUGAUUGGGAGUCCAUAUACCCCUGCACCAGCAAUGGUUACUCAGACACACAUAGCAGAAGCUACUGGCUGGGUCCCAGGUGAUAGAAAACGAGCUAGAGAAUUUAUAGAUUCUGAUUUUUCAGAAAGUAAACGAAGCAAAAAAGGAGAUAAAAAUGGAAAAGGCUUGAGACAUUUUUCCAUGAAAGUGUGUGAGAAAGUUCAGCGGAAAGGUACAACAUCAUAUAAUGAAGUGGCUGAUGAGCUGGUAUCAGAGUUCACCAAUUCAAAUAACCAUUUGGCAGCUGAUUCGCAGGCCUAUGACCAGAAGAAUAUUAGGAGAAGAGUUUAUGAUGCUUUAAAUGUGCUAAUGGCAAUGAACAUAAUUUCAAAGGAAAAAAAAGAAAUCAAGUGGAUUGGUCUGCCUACCAAUUCUGCUCAGGAAUGUCAAAAUCUUGAGAUCGAGAAGCAGAGGCGGAUAGAACGGAUAAAGCAGAAGCGGGCCCAGCUGCAAGAACUUCUCCUGCAGCAAAUCGCUUUCAAAAACCUGGUUCAGAGAAAUCGGCAAAAUGAACAGCAGAACCAGGGCCCUCCAGCUCUGAACUCCACCAUUCAGCUGCCAUUUAUAAUCAUCAAUACAAGCAGGAAAACAGUCAUAGAUUGCAGCAUCUCCAGUGACAAGUUUGAAUAUCUUUUUAAUUUUGACAACACCUUUGAGAUCCAUGAUGACAUAGAAGUACUGAAGCGGAUGGGAAUGUCCUUUGGCCUGGAGUCAGGCAAAUGCUCUCUAGAGGAUCUGAAACUUGCUAAAUCACUGGUGCCGAAGGCGUUAGAAGGUUAUAUCACAGAUAUCUCCACAGGACCUUCUUGGUUAAAUCAGGGACUACUUUUGAACUCUACCCAAUCAGUUUCAAAUUUAGACCUGACCACUGGUGCCACCUUGUCCCAAUCAAGCGUAAACCAAGGGUUGUGCUUGGAUGCUGAAGUGGCCUUAGCAACCGGGCAGUUCCUUGCCCCAAACAGUCAUCAGUCCAGCAGUGCGGCCUCUCACUGCUCUGAGUCCCGAGGCGAGACCCCCUGUUCCUUCAACGACGAAGACGAGGAAGAUGACGAGGAGGAUUCCUCCUCCCCAGAAUAAAGCCAGGAGGAAACCCA